UAGAGAGGCGUGUUUGCGCACGAACGUUAAAAUCGAAUAAAUAGUCGUCUGCAGGAAGACUGAAAGCAGACGUCACAAUACACGACGACGUCGUGGUAUCAUAACAGUGAAGCGCGAGCAAGUGUCAAUUUUGAUUAUUGUCAUCGUUCAUCCGAGUACCGGUAAUUCUGUAAAGAUCGUUUGGAAUUUCUACCGAUGAUCGGCAAAUCGCGCAUACGUAUUCCUGUGGGUGCCGUGAGGCGGCGAGAAAGGCCACCUCUUUAAAUUAAAAGGAGGAAUGACGCUGGAGAAUCCGUUCUUUGUCGUCAAGGACGAAGUUUGUAAGGCCUUAAAUAAGAACCGCGGUUUAUACGGACGCUGGACGGAAUUGCAGGAUGUUGUUGUCACGAGUUCUACCGUGAGUGGGGGAAUCCCAAUUUCACGUGACGAAUUAGAGUGGACUACUACCGAAUUGCGGAAAGCCUUACGCUCAAUCGAAUGGGAUCUUGAUGAUCUAGAGGAUACGAUCUGUAUCGUAGAAAAAAAUCCGACAAAGUUUAAAAUAGAUAAUAAGGAGCUGACGGUUCAACGAAGUUUUAUUGAACAAACGCGAGAAGAAGUUAAAAUCAUGAAGGAUAAAAUGAAUUUGAGUAGAGGUCGGGAUCGGGAUAAUACAGCACGGCAGCCACUUUUAGAUAACAGUCCCGCGCGAGUUCCUGUCAAUCAUGGCACAACAAAGUACAGUAAAUUGGAAAAUGAAAUUGAUAGUCCAAAUAGACAGUUUUUAAGUGACACGUUACAACAACAAAAUGAUAUGAUGAGGCAACAAGAUGAACAACUAGAUAUGAUAGGUGAAAGCAUUGGAACGCUUAAAACAGUAUCCAGACAAAUUAAUACUGAAUUAGAUGAACAAGCAGUUAUGCUAGAUGAAUUUGGUAAUGAGUUAGAGGUGACGGAUUCUAAACUCGAUGCAACAAUGAAAAAAAUGGCCAAAGUUCUUCAUAUGAGUAAUGGAUUAUAAAGUGAUAUAUGAUUAUUCAGAAAAAGUUAUUUAGUGGAGAGUAGAAGUCUCAUUAAAUCGAAGUUACUUUAAAGCAAGAAAUCAAUAAACAGUAAGUGAAAAUAAAUUUAUUUUUUCAUUGUUGAUUCAUACAUUAUAAAGUGAAAUGUUUAUUUCAUAUUCUUUAAUUUUAUUAUUCAUAAAUAAAAUUGUCUGUAACAAAGCAAAUUAUUUAUUAUUUCUCAAAUAAUUAAAGUUUUAGCAAAGUAUUAAUAAGAAAUUAAAACACUUUAUAAACCUAAAAUAAAAGUAAAAAUUGAUUGACACUUAGUAACAAUCACUACCCAAACUAUAAAAUGUUUUUCUAUUAUUUUGUUAAUUUUUUUACUUUUUAUAAAAAUUUAAAAUUUAUAUUUUAAUACUCAUCUUUUCAUGAUUUUUAUGCUUUUUCUAUAUGAUAUAUUCAAAUUUAGUAUUUUUUAAAUGUUAUAUUUACUUUUAUUCUUAUUGUAACAGAAAUAAAUAAAAACAAAGAAAAUUAAUUUUUUAAUAUAAACAAUUGUUGAAAAUCUAUGUAUAUAAAAUAUUUAGAACAUUUAUAAACUAUAAAAGAGUUGUGUAUAUUUAAAUUUAGUAAUUGCUAAAAAUGUAGUAUUAAAAUGGACCAGUUGCAAUUUCAAAAUAAUAGUUAUAAUAUUUUAAAACAGUACAGUUCAAGUAAUUAUUAUUUACAUAGUGCAAUAGACACUAAACAGUAGCAUGAAAUUCAAUAACAUUUAAAAAAAGUUAUAUCAAAAAAUUAUAAAUAAAUCAAUGAAUUGUAUAUAAAUAUUUCAAUAUAUAGAAAUUUAAAAGAACACUAAAUAAUUAGACGAAUUUUAAGAUAUUGCCAAAUAUUUCAGGGCGUGUAUCAAAGUAAAAAAAAGUAGCACAAGUAAUUUGUGCCUGAAAAAAUUUUAACGUCAUAGAUUUAUAGACAGAUACACUAUAGAUAUACUAUUAGAGAAAUAUUUCCAAUAUGUUUUAAAACUUCUGAUACUUCUACUUCCAAUGUAUACAACAUGUGAUAUUAAUAUAUUGAUUAAAGCAUAGACGAAAAUAGUUUAGAAUCCAGUAAUAUUCAUAUGAUAUUGUGAAAAUACCAGUCAGUGUGUAACAAAUGUAAAUGAAAAUAUAAAGUUUAAAAGAGAAAUGUUGAAGGGAAAGAAGAAAAAAUGUAAAAACAAUUAUUUGUACGUAUGGUGAUUGUUAAUCGUUUCUCAAUGCGAAUGAAAUCGUUCAUAAGUACUAUGAAAUUUAGUGACUGUAGAUAAUCUGAAGUUCUUCUCCAUUUUAAGAAAACAAGUAAUAAAAUGAGUUAAAAAUUAGAAACUAAAUCGUUUAUUCAUUGUUAGAACAGUGUUGAUAAUAUAAUGUUGUGAGUUCAUAUAUAAAAGAGAAAUUGUUUAUUCUAGUUUGUAUUUAAAAACUAAAAGAAACAAUUAUACUUUAUUAUUUCACAUAAAUGACCAAUUGUGAAGACAUAUUGAUAAAUAAAAUUUAAGACUUUA